AUCUCAAACUUAUGAACAUAAACUAAUAUUUGUUUAUUUGAAAAUUUCCUCAGAGGUGAAAGCAGAAGGAAAAUGGGCAAGGAUGGAUCACCAAAACAUUAUGGUCAGUUUGAUUCAAAGAGAAAUCGUCUGACAUGGAUUUUAGGAGUUAGUGGGCUAUGCAUUCUAUCUUACAUAAUGGGUGCAUGGAAGAACACUCCGUCACCCAAUAGCCAAUCUGAGAUCCUCUCAAAAGUGGAUUGUAAUGUUGGGUCAACUACAUCAGGCAUGUCAUCUUCAGCAACUAAUUUAAAUUUUGAAAGUCAUCAUCAAAUUGACGUCAAUGAUUCUGGAGGGGCACAAGAGUUCCCACCAUGUGACAUGUCGUUUAGUGAAUACACUCCGUGCCAAGAUCCCGUUAGAGGUCGCAAAUUUGACCGAAACAUGUUGAAGUAUAGGGAGAGACAUUGCCCCGCCAAGGAGGAACUACUAAACUGCCUCAUACCUGCUCCACCAAAAUACAAGACACCUUUUAAAUGGCCUCAAAGCAGAGAUUAUGCUUGGUACGACAAUAUUCCACACAAAGAGCUUAGCAUUGAGAAAGCUAUUCAAAACUGGAUUCAAGUUGAAGGUGACAGAUUCAGGUUCCCUGGAGGAGGUACAAUGUUUCCACGUGGAGCUGAUGCAUACAUUGACGACAUUAAUGAGCUUAUUCCCCUCACAAGUGGUACUAUCAGAACUGCAAUUGAUACUGGCUGUGGUGUUGCAAGUUGGGGUGCUUACCUUUUGAAAAGAGACAUCAUAGCUAUGUCCUUUGCACCAAGAGAUACACAUGAAGCACAGGUCCAGUUUGCAUUGGAAAGAGGAGUUCCAGCAAUGAUUGGCAUCAUGGCUUCACAGAGGAUUCCAUACCCAGCAAGGGCGUUUGAUAUGGCUCAUUGUUCUCGCUGCUUGAUACCUUGGCACAAAUUUGAUGGUUUGUAUUUGAUUGAAGUGGAUAGAGUUCUGAGGCCAGGUGGCUAUUGGAUUCUCUCUGGCCCACCUAUUAGAUGGAAGAAAUACUGGAGGGGGUGGGAAAGGACCGAAGAGGAUUUGAAGCAAGAGCAAGAUGCUAUUGAGGAAGUGGCCAAACGCAUAUGUUGGACAAAAGUAGUUGAGAAGGAUGACCUCUCCAUUUGGCAAAAGCCUAAAAACCACGUUGGAUGUGCACAAACUAAACAGAUUUACAAAACACCACACAUGUGUCAAUCCGACAAUCCUGACAUGGCUUGGUACCAAAAUAUGGAAAAGUGCAUAACUCCAUUGCCAGAAGUUAACAGCGCAGACAAAAUGGCAGGAGGGGCACUAGAAAAAUGGCCUAAACGAGCAUUUGCGGUCCCUCCUCGAAUUAGUAGUGGUUCAAUACCAAGCAUUGAUACGGAGAAAUUUCAAAAGGACAAUGAAGUAUGGAGGGAAAGGAUAGCACAUUACAAGCAUCUCGUUCCUCUUUCCCAAGGGAGAUAUAGAAACGUCAUGGACAUGAAUGCUUAUCUUGGUGGAUUUGCAGCAGCCUUAAUAAAAUUUCCAGUAUGGGUUAUGAAUGUUGUUCCCCCUAAUUCAGACCAUGACACUCUUGGUGCAAUUUAUGAACGAGGUUUUAUUGGAACUUACCAUGAUUGGUGUGAAGCUUUCUCAACUUAUCCAAGAACAUAUGAUCUCAUCCAUGCUAGUAAUGUAUUUGGCAUAUAUCAGGAUAGGUGCAACAUUACUCAGAUACUACUGGAGAUGGAUAGAAUUUUGAGGCCAGAAGGUACUGUUAUAUUCAGAGAGACAGUGGAGCUUCUGGUGAAGAUUAAAAGCAUUACUGAUGGAAUGAAAUGGAAAAGCAAUAUAAUAGAUCAUGAAAGCGGGCCCUUCAACCCUGAAAAGAUUCUUGUUGCUGAAAAAGCUUACUGGACUGGCGAAGCUAAAGAGAAACAAAACUAACAGAUAGGGUUACAACUUCGUUCUUUUUCCCCUUUUUUUACAACAUCUGUCAUAUACCUUUUUGUUUUCCCUCUUAGAAAUUAAAUUGUAAUUAGAUGUUUGUUUUCCUUACCUUACAUUUUUUUCUUGUCAUAUUCUGUCUAUUUUAUUCCCUUUUU